GAGUUCCGCUAGUACCUGUGCUCUCCCAGGCUGUGUUGCGCCUGUGUGGGUAGGUGCAAAUGGACAACCGUCGCAGUAUUGCACUCGUUCGCAUAUGAGGGCGGCGACUCAGCAGCCUCAGCCUCAACAGUCUCAGCAGCCCCAGCAGUCUCAGUCUAAGCUCUGCAAGAACUGCCAAGCUAAACCCGUCUAUGUAGAUCAAAGCAGAGCUCACGACUUUUGCGGUCGUACCUGCGCGAACGCUUACGCACAAGGCGGAAAUGGCGGUAAUCAGCAACAAGCAUCUACUGCAGCUGGCCAGAACGCAGGGGCCGGCAAGUGUCUCCUUUGCGGCCAACGCCCGAGAGCUUUCGUGGGCGGGAGGUUGAGUGACUUUUGUUCCAUCAAGUGCAGAGAUGAUGUCUACCGAGCUUCGCCUGCCAUCCUCGAAGUGCCAAAUUCUCAGGACGAGUAUCGGAACGUUGCCGAUCAAUUCAAGGACCAGUGGAAACACACACCGAACCCACCUUCCGUCGUCAAAGUGUACAAAACAUAUCCUCCUCAGAGCCACAUGAAGAGCUUUCUGGCGUACAAAGCUUCUGUGGGCAAUUCCAGAAGACGCUGGCAUGGAACAACUCGCUACUGUCGUAUUGGAGAUGACGCACAGCAUACCGACUUCUGCGCCAAUGCCAAUUGCUGGAUUUGCAACAUUUUGCAAAACUCAUUCCAGGUCGUAAAAGCAGGGCAGAAUACUGGAGUUCGGAAUGGCCGAUUUGGUGUGGGUAUAUACACCUCAGCCACCUCCUCCAAGGCGAAGGAUUACAUCAAAAACCUGGGAGGCUCGAACUAUCGAGCUCUGAUCCUAAGCGAAGUCGUCAUGGGCAAGGUUUGCAAACUUCUCGACGGAGAUUCUACUCUCACUCAGCCUCCCUCUUCGUACGAUUCAGUUGUUGGCGAGCCCGGACGGUGUCUUAACUACGAUGAAGCCGUAGUAUACAGCAACGAUGCUAUUCGGCCUCUCUAUCUCGUUAUAUACAAGCCUUAAGCGAUUUUUCCUCAGUUUAACCUCACAAUGCUCUUCUAGUUGUACGAUAAUAUCCCUUUGCUUUCGAACAGACUCUUUGGCGGAAUCAGCGCCAUUGAA